GCUGCUGAGUUCCAAUAUGGGUUCGAAUCGUUCCGAUUGUUCAUCAAAGGAGAGACUGAAAUGGACUCAACAACUUCAUGACCUGUUUGAGAAGGCAGUUACUCAGCUUGGAGGUCCAGAAAGAGCAACACCAAAAGGAAUUUUGAAGGUUAUGGGAAUUGAGGGACUGACUAUCUUCCAUGUUAAAAGCCACCUACAGAAGUACAGGAUGUCAAAAUUUGUACGUGAAGAUCCCGUUAUUGGCAAGUUUGAAAGGAGAAGCAUAUCAGAAAUUUUGCCAAAUUUCAGUGCCACAGCGGGCGCUCAACUUCAUGAAGCACUACAAAUGCAUAUGGAUGCACGAAGGCGAUUAAGCGAUCAUCUUGAGGUUCAAAGAAACUUGAAGAUGAAACUUGAAGCACAGGGAAGAUUUCUAGAUGGAAUAAUGGAAGAACGAAAAGCUCGUGCUUCAAGUUCUAGGCUAAGCUGCAAGUCCUACUCAUAUUCACCCUUGUCAUUACCAUCUCUAUGUGACGAAUUAUCUGAAUCAAACGUUAAAGAACUCGAAUCUGAUUCCGAGGUUGAUAGAAACGAGAUAAGGUCUGUCGAUCCUGAAUGUCAAGCACGAAAAAGGACUCUAAUUCAUGAAGAUGUAAUAUUGUCUCAUCGAUACAAUAGUAAUGUUGCAUAUUCAUCACUCACUUCUGGAGCUCAAAAUCAUCCUUAUAGUUCACCACAUGAAUUACCAUGGAGUACUCUUGCUUCAUAUGAUUCUCUUGUGUAA